AUGGCUUUCAAACUCAUCGUUCUUUCGACCUUUGUGGUUGCCUCUGUUACUGCUCUUCAUUUACCUUUGAAUUACCAAUCGCACCAAGUACCGCUGCCCUACUAUUUGCAAAAGGCACCCCUAGGAAUCCAUAACAUCGGCAAUCACGAAGAGGAUUAUCACCACGACGCUCAUCCUCGCUACCACUUCUCCUACGAUGUGCAUGACCAUCACACUGGUGAUAUCAAAUCGCAGCACGAGACCCGCGACGGAGACCGCGUUGAGGGCAGUUAUUCCUUGAUCGAAGCCGAUGGUACCAGGCGAACCGUUAAGUACACCGCUGACAAGCACUCUGGUUUCAACGCUAUUGUUCAACGUGAACACGCUCACCAGCCAGCUCUGAUCUCUAACAAUCAGCCAGAUUCUAUCUUGCACCACCAAUUAAACAAUCGUCACGGCCAAUCUUACUAUUAA